AUGGAGACCCUGUUCGCCCAACGUCUACCAGAUGUCAACCUUGAAGAAGCGAUAGCUACUUUGCAUUCGGAGGGGCCAGGAAGCCCCUCCACAAUCAACCAAUCGCCAAGAACUCCUGACUUCAAUGCCAUCCCCUCACCAUCUGCCACGGCACAUGUGAACGCGAGCAAGAUGUCCGAAGCAGUACCACAGGAGGCCGAUGGCUUUGACUGGCAAGAGGAUUUCAGUGAGCUUGCCGACGGAAUGGCUGCUUUGUCGGUCGAGCCCAAAGGGACAGGAUACCUAGGCUCAACUGCAGGCGUGUUCUUCUUGCGCUCUCUAUUGCUAUGGAUGGGCCGCUCGACGUCGAUCGCCACUGCUCAUGAGGCAGUAGUCAGAUCUCCCAAGGCCGAGGAACACAACCUUUCAAGUAUGGCACUCCAGUCACUAGUGUCUCGGCAGGUUAUGGCAAGCCUAAUCGACUCUUACUUCAACGUCUAUCAUGUUUCCUACCCCUUUGUCCACGAAGCAACGUUCAGAGCUCAGUUUCAUGAGAUAAUUCCUCGUCCAUCCCAUCGCUCAUGGCAGAUGCUCCUCUCGACUGUGCUUGCAUUAGGUGCAUGGUGUAUGAACCAUCCAAACACCGAUUUGCAUGAUGACCUCUAUCAUCAUGCCUUAUCACUAGGAGAAGAUGAAUCGAUGGUUGAGAGUGGAAAUCUUACUUUCGUGCAAGCUCUGAUUCUCCUGAGCAACCUCAGUCAGAAGCGAAACAAGCCCAACACCGGAUCAAACUUCCUCGGUCUUGCGGUCCGAAUGGCCUUGAGCCUGGGACUAUAUCGCGAGCUUCCGGACUGGGACAUUAGUUUACUUCAACGAGAACAACGUCGAAGGGUUUGGUGGGGGCUCUACAUCUUUGAUAGUGGUGCUUCGACAACAUUCGGGCGUCCCAUUCUCCUUCCCGGGCCAGAAAGUAUGGACGUUCGUCCAGUGCUGAACAUUCAUGACGAGUCUUUGACACCAGGGACCACAAAUUUACCUGCAGAAACAACGCUCCCAACAUUGUACUCAGGUCUCAGAGCCCAGAGUAGCUUUCAUGUCCAGACGAACCAUAUCUCAAACCGCCUUCUGAGUGCUUCUGGUAUCUCCAAAGAAGAGGCAUUGUCUCUUGACCAAGCAUUAGAUUCGUGGUCAAAGUCAUUACCAUCCUAUUUUCAAAUAUCGCAAGCGCCAGUAUUUUACGAACAAUGGUAUAUGUUCGCAAGAUCGAAACUUUGGUGGCGAUUCUGGAACCUGAGGAUCAUUCUCUUCCUGCAGGUUCUGCUGGGCCGGUCGAUGGGACGUAGCAACAUCACUGCUGCCGGAAAGCCUCCUUACGUUCUAGAUGAGACCUGCAGAAAUAUUUGUGUCGAGGCUGCUCAUCUCAGCAUCGUCUCGAUUCACCAAUACCUCAGUCAAGUCGUCCCCACUAGGAUUGAGAGCUGGUAUGCCGUAUUCUUCAUAUUCCAUGCUUCUCUCGUAAUGGUCCUUGCGAUACUAGCGGAUGACGGUUCCUCGCCCGAGUUGCCUUCUUGGCAAGCCGAUCUCGAGACAGUCAAAAGCGUUUUCAGGCAUCUUCUGUCAAACAAUCCGCUUGCCGCGCGAAGUGCUGAUAUUCUUGACCGCAUUCUUCGGCCUGAGCCAGUGGUAGGCUUCGAUGCGAUCAACUUUCUUGAUCCUGCCUCCUUCGACUUUUCACAAUGGCCAGCGGGUGAUGGCGAUUUACUCAGCUCUUUUGGCUGGCUGGACCCUGGACAAGGUCCAUAA